UGGGGCGUGCGUGAAAGAGGCGCGGGCUUCAAACAAAGGCGACUCGCUCGCGCAGCCUUCUUCCGGCCUUCCAGACACCUUCUUCUUUUACUUCCUCCAUGGAGUGGGACACUCAGGUGUUGGAAGGGUCCUCCUUUCUGGGAUCCUCCGGGUCUAAGGCGAAGGCGUCACCGGUCGACGUGCGGCUGCCUGCGUGGCUGGAGCCGGAGAGAUGUGCUGUGUUUCAUUGCGCGGGUUGUUACGCGGUGCUCAGCGACACCGUGCACCUCGCCUGGGACCUGUCGACGUCCCUCGGCGUCCUGGCCUUCUCCAGAGUCACAAACAAUGUCUUUUUGUUAGAGCCCUGUUUGGUUGGCAUACAAGGUUCUCUCAAAUACAGCACCUACAACCUUUUACUCUGUAAUUCCUGUCGGACUCCUGUUGGUUUCCAUUUAUAUUCUACCAGUGCUGCUCUGGCUGCCUUGAGAGGCCAUUUCUGCCUUUCUUGUGAUAAAAUGAUGUGCUAUCUAUUAAAAACAAAGGCCAUAGUAAAAAUAUCUGAGAUGGAUAUUAACAAUGUACCUUUACCAGAAAAGAUUGCAGAGCUGAAAGAGAAGGUAAUGCUAAUGCAUACUCGUUUAAACUCACUGAUGAGGAUUCUGAAGGAAAAGACUCCUAAUCAGUCUAACCAAGAAAACUGAACAAACAAGAAUUCACAAGGAUCCUCCUGCCCCACCAGAAUGCUGGGAUUAAAGACUUGCCACCAUGCCCUCUUGGACUUUUAUUUUUUUUAAAUAGAACUAAGAACAGAGUUCUGCCAGAUCUGGUGAUACAUGCCUGUGAUCCCAGCACUUGAAAUACAGGAAGGAAGAUCACAAAAGAUGGAAUUUUUAAAGGUUUAAGGCACUCCUUAGCUGUGUUAUGAAUUUGAGGCUACCCUAAAGUUCAUAAGAACCUGUCCCACAAUCUGUACUCCUCCUUAAAACAAUUGAGAAUAUGCCUUUCACUAGCUCAUCAGCCCACUCCUGCUUUGAGGAGUAUUUUUCUUUUUCAUAAUAAGCUGUGACUACUAACUUUUAUUUGCCUGAUGUAACUCUUCUCCAAGGCUUACUGCCUCCAUCUGCUAACUGAUGCCUAGUCCUGGAAGCUUUUAGACUCUAUACAAUCUUGCCUAGAUCUAGAAUGUUUUCAGCCUCUGAGACUUACUGCUGAAUAAACUCACCCAUUCUAGCUCUUCCUGAACUCUAGCUGGCUGGUCAACUCAGCUGUUCUGGCUCAAACAUCUAGCCAUGCUGACUGAUUCACUCUGGCUUCUCUCGCUUCUGAAUUAUUCUGCUUGACUUCAUACUAACUUCAGAAAUAUGUUCUGAUCUUCUGGCUCCUUCUCAUUUUCUGGUGCCUUCUGUCUUUACCUGUGUUUAGCUUGUUCUUUCUUCAACCUGUGUAUGUAAAACUCUCCUGGUAAAACUGCAUAUUUUCUUUUCUCUCUGCACUGCCCCUUAAGUAGCUUCCUUUCCUCUCUCUCAUUAGAGUUGGGCAUAUUCUGUUGUCAAGUCUUUCUCUGAUUCUUGAGUUUGUUGCCACUCAAUCACACAUCACUUUCAAACAUGAGUACUUCCUUCUGUAAACUAACAUUACCUUCAUUGUUUAGGAUUAAAGGUGUGUGCUAAGGUGUGUCUGAAUGCUGUAUUCCUGCCAGAGAGAUUAAGUGUGUGUAUGUGUGUGUGUUGAGCCACACCACAACUAGAAACAGUUUUUUGUUGGUUUUUUUUUU